UUGAAUUUCUCCCGACCAGAAGUGCGCGCUUGGCCGAUGCUCGAUCACUCGCUUUUGCUGUGUGUGUUUGCUGCUGAAUCACAGAAUCGUUCGGUGCGAAGAAGCCAAAAGAGUUUUUUUAAUUACUCAACUGUAGAAGCACGCGCGCGUCGGUAUUCAAGCCUGCUGUGAUCCGCGCGUUCUCGACUAUCAGCGUGACUGUGGAGAAGCUUGAUUUUUAAUUUGAAGAUUACCAAAGUAAACCGUGACAGUGGAGGAAAACAGAAGAUUCAGAACGAUGUUGAACUGUGCUGAUUUAGUGCAAUUUGAUCAAUACAGCUUACAGCUGUAUAACUAUGCUAUGGUGGAGCGUUUUCGAACAAAUCAGUUUUUCAACUAUGGGAAUAUAGUGACGGAUCCGAGAACGCUCUCAAGGUUCUUUAAACCCUCAGUGUAUGUGAAUAACCCAGCAGAUGUUGGACCCAGUGCUCUGCUAGCCGACGCCAGCAAACUUUCUUCAGCGCCAAAGCCACAAUACAGCUAUAUUGGACUGAUUGCGAUAGCGAUCCUCACCUCGCCGGAGAAGAAACUCGUGCUAUCCGACAUUUAUCAGCACAUUCUGGACAACUACAGUUACUUCCGCAGCCGCGGUCCAGGAUGGCGAAACUCAAUCCGACACAAUCUAUCUCUGAACGAUUGUUUCAUCAAAGCUGGACGUUCGGCUCACGGCAAAGGUCACUACUGGGCCGUCCAUCCGGCAAACGUGGAUGACUUCAUGAAAGGGGACUUCCGACGGAGAAAAGCUCAACGCAAGGUCCGUCGCCACAUGGGCCUCACUUCGGACGACGACAUCUUCGAUAACAGCUCUCCAAGGCAGUUCUUCCCGGCGAUUCCUGCUUCACCCAUCAUGAACCCUGCCGCAUACAUGCCAACGGCGACUGAACCCCUAAGCCGAGCGGCUGUGGCUGCAGCGGCAGCUUGCAACUACCCGACCACCAUGGAACAGCAGCAUGCAAUCAUCAAAGGCGCCAUGGAGAGUUUCUCCCGGAAGCGACAAUUCGACGUAGAAUCCCUCCUAAAACCGGACGACGCCAACUCUUCAUCCAGCCUGCAAGAACCCCCAGAGAAGAAAAGCAGGCAUCUACAUACGCCAACUUCGAUGCCGGAAGGUCCAGCACUCGUACUGCCACCGCUAGGUCAUCACCCGCAUCCGUUGGCCGCGUUCGGAAGCCUAGCAGUGGCCGGCCUGGGACCUAAGAUACUACCGAAGCCGACCUAGACGAGCGAGGUUUCGCGGAAGCAGCGACAGUUUUCUAGUUGUCUAAGUAAUAGGCGUACACUAUCAUAGAGCGUAGGUAUAAGAAUCCUAUAUUUGAUCGGUUCUUAGUAAUGAAGUCGAAGUGAAUCGUUGACUGUAUAAUUGUAACUGUGACUAAAAAUUUUCCAAUUGUUUAAUCAAGAAUGAAAUAAGAAAGAGCACUCAAUGUGCACAACUAAGUGGAA